AAUAAUUCAGUAUACAUUUAGCAGUGACGGUGAAAGUACAUAAAACAUGAAAUUACUUCGAGUUGCUUCUUUAAUUCUCGUAGUUUGUGCUUCUUAUUCCUUGUCAAGUGAUUUCAAAAAUGAAACUGACACAAUUGACUCACAAUGGCAACAAUUUAAAAUUGAUUUUAAAAGAAAUUAUACAACCGAUGAAGAUUUAAUGCGGCUUGAACUAUUCAAAGAGACAUUGGAGCAAAUUAAAGAGCAUAAUAAGAAGUUUGAAUUGGGUAAAGUUGAUGUGCCAGCGACAUUGAAUGAAUACUCCGAUUGGACUGACGAUGAUAAAAGGAAGCUAUUGGGAUCACCUUUAAGGAGAUAAACUCACGAAUAUCUUUAUUGUCAUAAGUGCAUUUAUAAAAUCAUCUGAUUGAGGUAUAAUAAAU